AUAAGGAAAAUAAGGAACAGUUAGCUCAGUAACAUUUCAACACAACAUGUCUAAACUGCAGGUUUUAAACGUUUUUCUGACAGAGAGGUUAACAUUGGCCGCCCAGGAUAUUUUUAAGGCGGUUGAAGACAUAUUUGCAGACUAUAAUGAGGAGAUUUGUCGCUCCAGACGGGAGAUAGAGCUGCUGAAGAGACGACUGCAGGAGGCUGCAGCUCGGUGUGAUUCUGAAUCACAGCCCUGCACCUCUGAGACUCAAGCACUGAAAUACUCACAGACGUUUUCAGAUGAGCAGUGGAGAUCUGAACAUGACGGGAAGGAUACAGAGAUGCAUGUAAAACUUAAGGUCUUUACAAAGCAGGAGGAGAAUAGAGUGCAGAUGCCUGUGUGCAAUCAGAACACAUCCUUGUUGCCAUGUAUGGACGUUGACCGUGAUCAGAUGGUCAGCAAAGACGUUGCAACUCACAAGAUGGAAAACCGCGAGACAAAUUUGACCUUCAUCAACGAGUCUGCUCAGAUUAAGAAUGAACCUGAGCCUAGUCCUGAAACUGGUAGCACCUGUCAGGCACAGCACUUCACAAGAUACAGCUCGGAUGAUACAGAAGACAGUGAUGCAUCCAGCAACAGCAUCAAAAUGGAAGGUAGCCACAUUGGCUUCCCUACUCAUAAGACACAACCGCAUGAAUUGCCCAACAGAAAUCAAGAGAUGUUGACACAGCAUAGGACUGAGCGGUCGCAAAUUAGAGAGAGGAUCUCUGCCAAGAUGUCUGCCAGGCUACGGGUAAUUAUAGAUGGUAAAAUCCACAAGCUUGUCUUGCCACGUGGAAUCCCUCAAACUGUACCUGAUCUGAAAUAUCUGGUACAAGAAACAUUCAUGCUUGACAGGGAUUUCUGCCUACACUUUAUGGACUCUGAUUUUGAGGGUCAUUUUUUUUCUUUGAUGGACACUGAUGAAAUUAAAGACAAAGACACAAUCAAAGUUGUUUUCGUAGAACCCCAGCCUGUAAUGACAAUGACUCUUCAGGAGUGCUUGAGUUCCAUUGGCCAGGAAACUGAUCAUUACUCCACUAUGCCAAAUGAAUACAUCAGCUCAUCGGGAUCCCGAGACCCAGGCAUGUUAUUCUCACCUGAGAGUACUUCGAGUUCUUCCCUUCGUUCUCAUCCUUGGCCCGCUCAAUUCGAGGUACCUUGCUUUGCAUUUGACACCGAGCUCAUUCUUAAAGCUGGCAAUGAGGCAUACAUGAAAGAUGGAAGUUUGCUCAGCAAUCCAAGUGUCAAAUCUGAUAUUCUGGAAAAACUUGCUGAAAGCAUUUUUGAGUACACCGCAUAUCCUUCCAGUGCUCAAAGGGAGCAGGUUGUCGAAGCCUUGGUACAAAAGCACCCGUGCCUUAAGGAGCCUGGAUCCUUAAAUGGCUUAUAUGGAUGGAAUACCAGACUUAAGUACAAGAUGGGCAAUUACAGAGCAAAGAUCAGGUCCAUAGGUUGCCCCGAACUUGAUGCAAACAGCAUUAAGAGAAAAGCCAUAGAUGAGAGAACUCCAGCCAAGAACAUUAAAAAACCAAAGAAGGCAGAGGUGAAUUACCUACCACCACAUCCCCAUGGUGAAACUGAUGAGACCCUGGAAAAGGAGCGUGUGGAGCUUCUGAAUGCGGUUAAGAAGAGGGACAACAACCAAACUCUCUGUCUGAAAAUGCAAAAGACCUUCUCUUACCGCAGAAAAGAGAUCAUUUUACAAAGCCUUCCUGUGGCUCAUCUUAAAGCAAGAUGGCCGGCUUUAUUUCAGCCCUCACAGAUUGAAGAAGAAUUCCAAAGGAUUACUACAAUCCGACUGCAAUCCACAUUCAUGCAGAAAUUAGACCUCUACACCCCAAAGCUGCUGAACAUGUUCCAAAAAAAGGGUGGUGCGGCAGGAGGGAAAAUCAGCAAGACCAUGGAUUUGCUCUAUAUGAGCAACACCAUUGAUAGAAGAAGGCACGUCGUUAUCAGUAGCCUCAUCACAUACCUCGGUGAGAAAGUGGAAAACCUGAUAAAGGAGUACAAGGAUCUGGAUGAUGAUGACGACCUCACUUCCCUGAUCUUCAAGAUUUUUGUCAAUAGCAACGUUGCUGAUGACAACAGUCCCACAGUGGGGAUAGUCGUUGAGGGAGCAGAGGUGCUUACUGGUGUUUCCGAUAUACCCCAAGCAUGUUCCUUCCUUAUGGGACUCAUUUAUGCUUUAAACCUGAGCUACCCUAAAGAACUGAAGUAUACAUUUGAAGUUUUUCAGAAGGUCUUUUUGGAGCUGGAUGCAGGGAAUCUGUCUUCAAAGGUUCACACUUUAAAAUGCAAAUUACUUGCUUAAAAGGCUUAGGUUUUUUUGCAUAUGUGCCUCAAUUCUUUUUUUAGAAUAAAAAUUUGUUCACAAACUUUAAGUGUGUUCUGGUUGAAGGUUGUGUUAAUUUCAGUGUGGCCUAAUUUAAUUUGUGUUAAGAUAUGAAACUGUGAUGUAGCACAUUCAGUUCGAUUUGCUCCUGAUGUAAUAUUGUAAUUUAAUUUGACGUUGUUCUAACAUUGUACUAUACGUCAUUGUUUCCCAACCACUGUGCAGAUUGUCAGGUGUGCCCUGGAAAAUGAUCAAAUUCCACAAAAUAAAUUAAUGCAUGAAAAAAUAAAUAAUUUCAGGGAUCCAAACUCAACCUUUCGGAGAAAUUCGGCAUUUUGAAACCACAAUUUGGUCACUUUUGUGAUUGUUCAGAGCGAUGAUUAAUGUGCAAAGGUGAGUGAUAUUUAUGUGUUAAGGGUCAUCACAUGACUCGUGUCAGCGCUGCAGAAUACAUUGAAGUCUAUGAAGGGACGUCACACCAAAGUGUUUUUCACACACACACAUUUUUGCUUCAUCAAAAACAUAAACGAGUCCUUUUAUUACUUUCUGCUAUCAAAGAAACUGCAAGCUUUUUUCUCUCUUCCAUCGCACCUCUGUGACACUUUCUGCAACUCUUGUCAUGUGGAGGGCGAUGCGGCGCUUGACGCUGGGUUCAGCCUCCAGAUCCAAAUUAAAGAAGUCGUCUGUCCGAGGCAAAGACGCAAAAUCUAAUGACAAUCACCUCAGCAUCAGUCUCCGUGGAUGCAUUUCAUUACGCACAGGGGAGUUUAAGUCGAUGCGGACCAGGAGGAAAGUUCGAGUUGUCGAUUGAUUCUGUUCAGUUCAUUUUUUUUACAUGUUCUGUUCAUAUUUUAAUUGUGUUUUUUUUUUUGUUAUAUUACGUUGUUCAUUUGUUGUGUUUUACCUGCUUCGUGUGGUGUCUCUGUUGUUCAUCUGUUCUCUUCAUGAAUAAAUAAAUGCAUAAUCUGUUAAUUAC